AGACUAGCGAGCAUCAGAAACUCAGAAAGCAAGUGAGACCGAAUUUAUUACUCACAACCUCCCAGACAACACUCCACCAGCCCUUCUCUUUUCCCCGAGAUCUUUUCGCCAGUCCCAAGCCCUAGAAAUUACUCAUAGUAAUAUUCUUCCGUAAAGCGAAAACCAUCCAUACAAAUAUGAUUGAUUCUCCAUCUCUUUGUGGGUUCAUAAAAGCAAUCCCUUCUGGUAUAGCUCAGUAGAGAAGCAGACAAAAAACAGCAGAUAUGAGGUACUUAUUGCCAAUCUUGGCUCUCAAUCUUUGCUUAAAAUCCAUCUCUGCGGACCCAAAAUCUUCAUUUUCUUUUAAGAAUUUCGGAAAAGAUUCAAACUUUCAUUCUCAGUUUGCUCUGUAUGGUGAUGCUAAGGUUGUUAAUGAAAGUAUGUCCAUAGAAAUGGGUAAUAGCAGUAAGAUGAGUUCCGAAGAUGGAAUAAUCUUGAGUAAGAAGCCUUUCAAGCUUGUUGAUGGGAAACCCCCCUUGAAGAAAUUGGUGUCCUUUUCCACCUACUUUGUGUUUUCCUUAUUAUCAUCAGAAAGUGGGUAUGGUCCUGCAUUUGUGUUGUUCCCAAAUGGGUAUCCUUUCAAUGUGUCAAAGAAAGUGGAAAGGUACAAUCUUUUUGGGGUUGAGUUCAGUACAUUGAAAAAUGGUGUGAAUGGGAAUUGGGCCGGGUUUGAUUUGAUGAGUUCUUGUUUUACAUCUGCUAAAGUGGUGAACGUUUCAUCAGUCAAAUUGGAAGUCAACAGAGGUCAUAGAUUGCAAUCUUGGAUUGAUUACGAAGCAAGCUUGAAACGAGUAGAGGUUAGGGUUAACAAUUUGGGUGACAAAAGGCCAGUUGAUCCCAUGCUUUACUGCACUGUUGACUUGUACCACAUCUGGAAGAAUGAUGAAGAGCUGUUUGUUGGGUUAAGUACAUCAAGAUUAAAGAAGAUGAACCAUUCUGAAAAUUCUAAUGUUACUAAUGUUACUAAUGUUCAUUCAUGGAGUUUCAAGGCAAGAAGUACUAUUCCAGAUUGGGCACAUUCCAAACCAUUAGAUCCAGGCGCUUUUCUGGGGGAAACCGAGGAACAGCGAAGCGUUUGUAAGAAUAGUAAAAACUGUUGUACUUUGAAAGUCCUCUUAUGUGCAUUGGUGAUCAUUGGUGGUGGAUGUGUUGCAUUGGGGACAUUCAUGGUGUUUUUCAUUCGGACAGUCUUAGUCGGCCCAUCUCCUAUCGUGCCCGAGGAGCUUACCGGGAAGCCCAAAGAGUAUGGCAAUGAGUACAAGAAGUAUCAAGUAUUAGUACUUGUAGAUGGUGAUGACCACAAAGCCUUCAAAGGUGGGAAGUAGCAGUUUAUAUUCUUUAGGGGAGGGAAUCAAGCUCCUCUGUUUGGGUCGUCCGCAACCACUCGAUAAUCCGUGCUGUGAGCCCGAAUAGGGCCCAUGCCGAUCUCGCGGUUGCUGGUCAAUCAAACAGAUGAUCCUGAUUGCUAUAAAUGGGUGUUUGUUUUGAUUAUUGUAAAAAUCCUCUUAAUUUUCUCACUAUUAUGUCUUGACUGUUUUGUGUAGUUGUGGUUUCAUGACCUCAAUAAGAACAUCUCUUUGUUUGGUACCCCGUACCUGUAUGUUAGAGGUCAAUGAGUCAGCUAAAGAGAGAAAAUUUAGAAAAUGAUAUUUUGAAUUGAACUACUAAUCAAUUGUAUUUCAACGAGAUAUUUUAUAUUAAUAUAUGCAGUUGCGACUAUUGCAUA